GAAGAGGACUACUUCCUGUUUCUGGACUUGGGCGGGUGAGGGGAAGGGAAACAGCUCCAGGAGCGACUUCCUGCCUACGCUAUUGGCCGCGGGGGAGGUGGAGAGGAGGGCGGAGGACGCCGGAGACUGCGGUUGAGAAGAAAGUGUCAGAGCCGGUUCGGCUGUAGAGUGUGGUGAAAGGUACUUUUCAUGGUGCAUGGAAGGAAAGCCAAUGCGCAGGUGUACCAACAUUCGACCAGGAGAGACUGGAAUGGAUGUAACAAGCCGCUGCACCCUUGGAGACCCCAACAAACUGCCAGAAGGGGUUCCCCAACCUGCCCGCAUGCCCUAUAUCUCAGACAAGCACCCUCGACAAACUUUAGAAGUGAUUAACCUUCUGAGAAAGCACCGGGAACUAUGUGACGUGGUGUUAGUUGUGGGCACUAAGAAGAUAUAUGCCCAUCGAGUCAUCUUGUCAGCGUGUAGUCCCUACUUCCGAGCUAUGUUUACAGGAGAAUUGGCAGAGAGCCGUCAGACAGAAGUAGUGAUUCGAGACAUAGAUGAGAGGGCUAUGGAACUACUGAUUGACUUUGCAUAUACUUCCCAAAUAACUGUAGAAGAGGGCAAUGUUCAGACCCUUUUGCCAGCUGCUUGCCUCCUCCAGCUGGCAGAAAUACAGGAAGCCUGCUGUGAAUUCUUAAAGAGACAAUUGGAUCCCUCUAACUGUCUGGGCAUUCGGGCUUUUGCUGACACACAUUCGUGUCGUGAGUUGCUAAGGAUAGCAGACAAGUUCACUCAGCAUAACUUUCAAGAGGUAAUGGAGAGUGAAGAGUUCAUGUUGCUUCCAGCAAAUCAACUCAUUGAUAUAAUAUCUAGUGAUGAGCUAAACGUUCGCAGUGAAGAGCAAGUGUUCAAUGCAGUGAUGGCCUGGGUCAAAUACAGUAUUCAAGAAAGACGUCCUCAGUUACCCCAGGUGCUGCAACAUGUUCGUUUGCCUUUGCUUAGUCCCAAGUUCCUGGUGGGUACAGUAGGCUCUGAUCCCCUCAUCAAAAGUGAUGAAGAAUGCAGAGACUUGGUAGAUGAGGCUAAAAACUACCUCCUGUUGCCUCAAGAACGACCACUAAUGCAAGGACCAAGGACAAGACCACGGAAACCUAUCCGAUGUGGAGAAGUACUCUUUGCAGUUGGUGGUUGGUGCAGUGGAGAUGCCAUUUCCAGUGUUGAACGAUAUGACCCACAGACCAAUGAAUGGCGAAUGGUAGCUUCAAUGAGCAAAAGGCGAUGUGGAGUUGGGGUUAGUGUCCUUGAUGACUUAUUAUAUGCAGUAGGAGGCCAUGAUGGAUCCUCUUAUCUCAAUAGUGUUGAAAGGUAUGAUCCCAAAACAAACCAGUGGAGCAGUGAUGUGGCCCCUACGAGCACCUGCAGGACAAGUGUUGGUGUGGCAGUACUUGGAGGCUUUCUCUAUGCUGUGGGUGGCCAGGAUGGUGUCUCUUGCCUCAAUAUUGUUGAGAGGUAUGAUCCCAAGGAGAACAAAUGGACUCGGGUGGCUUCUAUGAGCACCAGGAGACUAGGUGUGGCUGUGGCUGUGUUAGGAGGGUUCUUAUAUGCUGUAGGUGGCUCUGACGGGACAUCUCCUCUCAAUACAGUGGAGCGUUACAAUCCUCAGGAGAACAGGUGGCAUACCAUAGCCCCCAUGGGGACCCGGAGAAAGCACCUAGGUUGUGCUGUGUAUCAGGACAUGAUCUAUGCCGUCGGAGGUAGAGAUGACACCACAGAACUCAGCAGUGCCGAGAGAUACAACCCUAGGACUAAUCAGUGGUCUCCAGUGGUGGCCAUGACAUCCCGUCGUAGUGGAGUUGGCCUGGCUGUGGUGAACGGACAGCUCAUGGCAGUGGGAGGUUUUGAUGGCACGACAUACUUGAAGACCAUUGAAGUUUUUGAUCCUGAUGCCAAUACAUGGAGGUUAUAUGGCGGGAUGAAUUACCGUCGCCUAGGGGGUGGCGUAGGAGUUAUUAAAAUGACACAUUGUGAAUCUCACAUAUGGUGAGCAUGUAGAAGACAGUCUUGGAUAUGCUCCUCUAUAUUCUGGGAGCUUUGACUUUGGAGCUUUGUACAGCUUGAGAAAACAUGAGAACACCUUUUAUUCUUUGCCAGUGCCUCAGCAUGUAGAAAUACAAUUCAUUGGAAGUACUUCACUUGUAAGAUACCACCUUUGCACAAUAAUUUUCAACUCUAUGCAGAAGAAUAUUUAUUUUUGGUUUUAAUUUAUCAUGUGUUUUUGUUUGCUUCUUUGUUUUUGUUUUGGAUUUAUCUUCCCUUCCA